AUGGGCAACAGUCUAAGGUGCUGUUUGGCUUGCGUACUACCAUGUGGAGCCCUAGACUUGAUCCGGAUCGUCCAUUUGAAUGGCUACAUAGAAGAAAUCUCACAUCCAGUUACAGCCGGCGAGAUCUUAGAAGCAAACCCUAAUCACCUUCUCAGCAAACCCAACUCCCAAGGGGUCGUGCGCAAAAUUUUGAUCCUCUCGCCGGAGUCGGAGCUCAAGCGAGGCAGCAUCUAUUUCUUGAUUCCGUCUUCUUCUGUGCCGGAGAAGAAGAAGAAGAGUAAGAGCAGCGGCAAUAAGAAACCCUCAAAAAAGAGCAGCAAGAGCCAAAGCGAUAGUACCGACCGUUACUUGACGGAGAUUGUGACGGAAAAGAAGUCUAUGUCUCGCCGGGAUAGGAGGGCUGGCCGUGUCACGGUAUGGCGGCCUCAUCUCGAAAGCAUCACCGAAGAUUAA